CAGUUUCGCCGAUCGUGCUUCAUGGCCCUCAACUCGUCACCGUCGAUAGCAUGCAUCGGCGUCAUCGGCAAACAUGACCAACCGCUGCACAUCUCCCUCUUCCCUCCCCACGAGGCCGCCCCGAACGCCGAACUCGAAUUCCUCUUCCUCCUCAACUCCUGCCUCGACAUCUUCGACCUGCGAGCUCGCACCACCAAGCUGCUCGAUUCCGACUUGGGUUUGCUCCAGGCCAUCGAUGAUCGCCUCUCAUGCUACGGUUGGUUGACAAAUACGGGGAUCAAGUUCAUCAUCGUGGUGGACAUGAUGGGUCGCCCUCCACCCUCUCCGUCCGAGGAAGAUGGUUCCAAAGAUCUGGGAAAGGACAAGAGACGAUUCCCGACCGCGGCAGUGGGUUUGAGAGACGCGGAUCUCAAGCCAGCCUUCCGUGCGGUGCAGACCGCAUACAUCCACCUAAUGCUAAAUCCGUUCUACAUGCCGGAUGAGAGGACGCCUUUGCAGAUAGCAAACUAUGGGGGGAAGAGCCCCGAAAUCACAAGCAAGAAGUUCAUUGCGGAGAUCCAGAGGAUUGGGAAGACGUGGUAUCCGGGGAUUGGGAGUAUCUGAAGGAGAGGAAAUGAUGGAACAUUGAAAGAGAAAACACAAUGCUCAUUAACCUGAAUGCGCCUUGGACGCCGAGACGGAACUCUCAUGACCACGCGCUGACAAGAAACGUUAAACAACAUACAGGCCUUCACCUCUGCUAUUCGAGCACCCCUGAGGAAGUCCUUUAUGGCUUCGCUUCGCCUUCAGCAGAAUCAAUCUUGGCCGCCGUCUCCCCCACCUCUGCGGCUGUCUCGGCGGCGUCCUGCUCGGAUUUGCUAGGUGUCCUAACAAGCGGCACCUCAUCCAUCUUGGUGUCCGGGUCCGCCAGUUUUGCUGCCUCCUCCGAUGCAAUAGGGUCAUCCGCGGGAGGUGCGGCAACUGCAGCCGGGGCGCCUGUUUCAGUCAUGCCCUGGGAUUUGAUGUAUUCCAAAACUGCUUCGAGCGUCUUGGCGGGGCCGGCUUGCUCCCAGAGACGGAGAGUCCCUUGUUUAUCAAUGACGACCACGCCACGGGUGGUAGAUUUGCCGGGGCCUGGCUUUUUCAUUCCGAUGGCAGACGUGAGAGUUGCAUUAGGGUCACACUGGCGUUUCAAUCAUUAGUCUGCCUCUGAAAAGACUGCAAAGAAACAUCGGGAUACGGGGAGCUCACCAAUAGCUGAUACGGCAGCUUCUGUUUGGUUGCAAAGGUCGUGUUUGCCUUGGGACUGUCUGUACUCAAACCAUAGACCGCGAGCGAUGCACCCGUGAUGGGCGCGUAGUUGUCCCGGAAGAGACAAGCCUGGUUGGUGCCUGUACAAUGGGAACAUCAGUCGGUCAAUCCUGCAUCAGACCACCCCGUUUUCUUUACGGAGAGGGAGAGAGAACAAUCAUGGGUAGACGGAGAUGGGGAUGACUUACAGCCCGGCGUACUCGCCUUGGGAUACGUAAAGAUGACGAUGCCGGCGCCGCUCUUCUCGAGCAAUUCUUUCACCGUCACGCUGGUCCCAUCAUGCGUCUGCACUGUGCCGCCAAAGCCAUCCAGAUCGAUCUUGUCGCCCACGCUCAACUUCCCGGAAGCAGUUGCCUUUGCCGUGACCGCACUCCCGUUCGCGGUAGGCUCCUCUUUGGUGUCUUCGCUGGCGCCGGCCGUGGCCGGGACGACUUCGGGGACGAUGACUGCGGAGGAGGAAGUGGGAGCUUCUUCCGGCUCCGGUGGGUUGGCGACAACAGGUUCAGCCGUCUUUUUGGUGCCCCUGGACGACCCAGUAACGGCGGCUUUGGCCUUGCCGGCGAGCUUCUUUACCGUGCUGCUACUGCUCCC